GGCCGUUGCCGUGGUUACGAGAAUCUGCGUCUGUGGAGCGUCGGCGGUAAGAGCGGACGGCAGCCUCUGCUGCCUUCUAAUAUUUAGAAUUAACAACAACAACAAUAAGAACAACAAUAAUAAUAACAACAACAACGAUAAUAGCGACAGGUAGAGUUGAUUCCCACUGCAUUCGCCUUAAUCCAAGCGCUUUGUUUUUUUUGUGUGUGUUCUUGGGGUGAAGGAACGCGAGGGCCGUCCGUUAAUUGCGCGGUUCGCGCUGUCAUUUAACCCAGGCCCAGCGACGCAUUUACAAUCGGAAUCUUUUAUAAUUUACACCGCAGCUGUUCGUAUUCGCGACCACAGUUGGUAGCGAUCGACUUACAAUUGUUAAGGGGAAAGGAAGGCGAUGCACUGCGGCAACACGAGCUUCGUCAAUCGCUGAGUCGCCCCCUAAAGAGGCUGUUUGAGUCUCGGUGUAGCUGUUCCAUCCCUGUAAAUGGUUUUAUCAUGACUGAAGAGCUUAAUAAAGAAGGCAGCAAAGUUGGGCUCAACAUACAUAUGUCACCCUGCUGCAGCAAAAGCAACCGGACGGGGCCAGGGAGUAGCCAGAACAUCCUGGGUACUGGGACAGUAUCAAUGCCACGCAAGCACCCACGAAAAAAUGGCUGGAGCUGGCCACUGCACCUACAGCAGAUUAUCGCGUGGUUGGCCAUAACCUAUUUUGUGACUGUCGCCUUUGGCGCCUGCUUCCCCUUAAUGCGGAGUCACUGGCAGCCAUUGGCCUACAUUGUCACAUCGUUGGUACUUGCCAUUCACGUGCUGAUGCAUAUAUUGGCAGUGUCUAUUGACCCAGCAGAUGAUAAUGUGCGCAGCAAAAUCUUCAGUGAACCAGUGCCAAUGUUUGACCGCAGCGUGCGAGCUCACGUUAUCGAGAACAACUACUGUGUGCUUUGCAGAACCGACGUGGCAUCCAAAUCAAAACAUUGCAUUUCAUGCAAUAAAUGUGUUGCUCGUUUCGACCAUCAUUGCCACUGGCUCAACAACUGUGUGGGCAGGAGGAACUAUUGGUUCUUUUUUGGCACGAUGAUAUCUGCUGUGAUUGGGCUCUCCAUUAUCUUGGCCAGUAUAAUGUAUGUGUUUAUCCAGUACUUCAUCAAUCCGGGAGCUCUUCGGGAUCAUCCUGCAUUCUCAGAAUUGAGUGGUCCAAAUGAAUGGCUGGUGUUCCUGCCAUCUGCUCCUUUGCGCAUGAGUGGCAUUAGUUUUAUCAUCUUUGUUGGGGUGACAAUGUGUUUUGAUGCAAUUUCCUGUAUAUUGAUAAUGCAGCUGCUUUGCAACCACUUUUACCUAUUCUACCACAGGAUAACCACAUAUGACUACAUUGUGCUGAAACGAAAUGAAAAGGAACGUCAGAAGCGAAUCGUGGAAGAAAGGGCGGCCAAGGCUCAACAGACCAAUUCUCAUGGCAUUGAGAAUGUUAAUCGUGGUGCUCCAAUUGCAAUUAAUAUGGACUUUCCAAAGCAACUGGUUCAAGGACAAAAAGAAGCUUCUAAAGCAAGAACGGAUGAGAGUAGCAAACAUCUGGCUCUGCCACCUGCCCAAGCGUCUGCCCAUGCCUCUUGUCACGUGGUUCACGAAAAUAGGAAGAGUACCAUAAGUAUCUCAUCCAAAAGCUCAAUGGAUAAACAGCGAGAAAUUUUCAACAAAGGUUCAUCUGCAGCUGCUCAUGAGGGAAAUUCAGAAGUCCCUUCCUACUUUUCCUACCAUCAUGGUCAUGUAGCAAGCAAUUUGCUGGAACAAGCCAGGCUGACUUCAAACAGUGCAUACAGAACUGGGAGUUUUUUCAGAAACCCUGUGUGAGUGCUAGCAGCCCGAAGAUGAAAAGAAUCAAAGAGGGGUGGGAUUGGAAACACAAUUCAGACUCCACUGUUCUCAGCAAGGCAAGAGGAGAUAAGCGUUUGACUGUGUUAACUGCUGACAACAGUCUACUAGUAAAGAGUGCUUACCUCCAACACUACCAAGUCAUUGGAUGAUAUUCGGCUUCAUAAUAUUGGAGCAGGAAUUGAUGUUAACUGAUCUGUUUGUGCUCGAGUCUGCUGCCGACGUUAAAAUUCAUUUAAAGUCCCGUGUAACUGCCAGUGCAAGUGAGAGACUUGUGGAUAAUUUUACGUGGCAGGGAACGUAAGGUGCAGGGUCUUGCAAAUGAUAAGGAAAGAGGAGACUUUGGAAGUCCAGGAAAUGUGAAAUGUAUGCAGGUAAACAAUAUUCCGGACAACGCGGUACGAUAAUGAGGCCAGCGCGCAAUUGUCACUGCCACCAUUUGCUUGGCAAAAAAACAAGAACUGAAAAUGGCAUCAAUCAUAACAAGAGUGUUUUGUGCAAGCGACAUAAAUCAACCGCGCAUUAUAGUUCCUGCAAGAUGGUGUGAUGGACUUUUGUGUCGUUUCAGUGAAGAGGAUUGCUCUUCACAGGGGAAAACUAUAACUUCGCUCUCCUUCGUCACUCCCCAUAUGAGCAAAGGAAAUUGUUCAGGGUCCCUUCUGACAAGUGUAUGUGCCACUGUGGUUAUGUGGACAAAGGGACCAUAUGCACUGAUGCAACUGUUCAGGUCGCAGGGUGGAUUUUUAGGUGAGAUAAAACUCAAUAUUUGCAAUUAAGAAGACAAUGGAAAGAAGUUCAUCAACGGAAUCGUAAUUUAAAAACACUGCAGGGAAAAGCUAUUUCAAGGUGGAUGCUAGCCAUUCAUUAAAUCACUUACUCAGACACUUGAUAUACAGACAUCUUCCAAGCUUCAAAUGGACGUUGGCUCUUCCGCUGAGAAAUUAUGCUUAAACAUACUCUUAGUUAAAAGUCUCACUGCUCAUAGUUGGUACAAACUGUUGCAAUUCGUCCUGUUUUCCGUUUAGACACAUAGUUGAAAAUAAUAUAAAGUGUCAAUUGUUACAAUUCAGCAUUUUUUAUAAUACUGCACUAUACAUUUUUAGGAGAAUCGUGAUAACAUAAAAAGGUACGGUACAGGGAUUUGUCUUUAUCUUGCAUAACCAUUUUUUAAAGCUUGGAUAAAUAAUACUUUAUGUGCACUUGGGGCACAAUUUAUAUGCCCUGCAAAUAUUGUUAAUUGCAUCUCCUACAAACUAAAAAGUACCGUAAUAAUUAGUGGCUUAGAUUCAAACCCAGGAGCUCAGCAGUGACAGCUUAUAGAAUUAAAAUAUAUAUUAAAAUAAUUUUGAAUUGAUAGCGGUGUAGAAAAAAACACCCUACCAAUCAUGGACAGCAGAUGGAGUGUGUGAACACAUGGUUUUUAGUCUGGCGGUACAUCGUUGGGAUUUCUAUACUGGGACAGAGGCAGAUUGAAACAGACAAAAAAUUUUGAUUUUAAAAAUUGUAAACAGAGGGACAAGGAGAUAUACACAGAGAUCAAUUCAGACCGAUUACUUUUAAUUUAGGCUUUUCCAAACUCCAGGCCUCGUGUUCAAACACAAAGUCAUAUGCUGCAUGCAUCUGAGGUAGGGAGUAUUGAUUGUAAUAAAGAUAGGAUCUUGUUUUUAUUCAGUGCUCUCCAUAAGGGUUUUCACAUUGGGGAAAAGAUCAAUGACCAUUGUUCAACCCAAAGUGUCUUCAUUUCACCAUAUAACUGCCAGGUGAAACAUUUUAAAACAUACCUCCCAGUGGUAGAUUUUUGCAAGUAAUUAUCAGGAUUCUACCUUAUUGCGCUGCAUUUAACACACUUUUUAUUUAAAAGUAAAAAAAAAUUACAUACAAAAUGCAAUUCACUAAUCACGAUGUGCCUUUGACUUCAGAUGUGGGAGAUGCCCACUUGUGUCAGCUGCCUUAAAAAGGUGUGAAGAACCAAAGAACUUACACUGUCAGUCAAUGCAAUUGUAUAUGCUGUACUGUGAAUAUAAUACAUACUUAUAUAUGAGCGUGGCUUUGUUCGCUCCAGCGCUGUCCUCGAGACAGUCUUGUCCCUUAACCUGAUGAAGGCCGCUUGUGUUGUGGCCGAAACGUCGUGAAAAUGUUAUUGUUAUUUGAUACAUUUAUUAUUUUAUUCUCAUUCUACGUGACUUUACCGAAAGAACCAAAGAAGAUACUUAAAGCACUUUCAUUGACUGCAAUUUAUUUCAAAUCUGUAAAAUGAAUGUGCCAAAUUAUUCUUGAUUUUUUUUUAGAUUUUGAGGUUGUAUAAGGAUGCACUGAUGACUUUGUGAUGCUGUGUGAUCAUUGAGUCAUUGUUUCCGAUAAUAUAGUAAUUAUUUCUACGUACGCAUUUGAAGAAAAUUUGCACUUUAAAAUAAUGAAAUGGCUUUUUUUUUACACGAGGCAUUUUCCACGUUGAAAACAUUCUUAUAGCUUAUGCAUUCCAAAAUAAAAUGAUUUGCUAUGUCAUUGUAAUUCUAUUAAAUGUGUAGCUUUACAUUUUUUACGCAAUCAACAGGGUGUAAUAGGUUACCACUCAAGAGUAAAUGACAUGGUUUGUAUUUGUGCAUCGGAAAACAGUCACCAAUGAGAACUUGUUACCUUGCUAUGUUGUUUGGAGUAAACUAAUGGUAACAUUUCAGCUUGUGUAAAAUCACUUCCAAACACACCAUUCUAGAUAUGCACACAGCUCAUGAUGAACGUAAGCUGCACACAUUAGGUUGAAUAAACGUAUAAGUUUCAUCGAACAAGAACGGAAAAUAAAAAAUAAAACGCCAACGAUUUACUUUCCAUUUUCUUUGAAAUUAUAUAAUGCUUAUCAAUGUUAAUGAGCAGUGGAUAAGAGUUGAGAAUUUAUAAAAUAAUCUUCGUUCCGUUGUUCACUCUGAUAAUUCAUACAAUUAAAAAAAUAAAGAUAAAGACUUUUUAGCAGUUGAAAUAUCUUUAAGAAAUUCAAAUCCAAUUGAGAAUUGGCUUUUUCUUGGAUUAUAUGUCAAUUCAAAUGCUAUUUAAGGUGACAGACAUUAUGGUGGUAACCUUGAUAUAACAAAUGCUAUUUUACUGUGUAGCAUGGAUGUAUUAAGGCUUUUAUAUAUAACUAUUUACAUAGUACAUUGAUUAUAAGGUAUAUCUAAACAAUGGUGUUUAAGCAUAUUGGCAUGGUUUUCAGAUUUAUAAUUUAAGUUGGGUUGCCCCGAUACCCUUUGUGGCACACUGCAAACUGAAUAACGCAGGGAUGGACACAAAUUUAAUCUGAAGGGAUAGAGGCGCAAAAGAGCAUAGUAAUAGAAUGACUUUACUGUCCUUUUUGCUUGCCUGGGUAAUUUUCUAAAUACAACAGGCUCUUUAAAAAGUCAACUAUUGGGGUUUAUUACUUGUUGUAUGGGCUCCGGGCAUUAAAUUAGGGCCACAUGCCAUUGUAUGAAAGUCUUAGGCAGCCAAAGUAUGAGGACUUAAGUGUAUCCAUUAAUCUGCAUUGUCUAGCUGUGCUAUGAAUUCCAUAUGCAAAAGUUAGAGCCCUGCUGUACAGCAAAGUUUGUUUUGUGACAAUACAAUGUUUGUGUACUAUG